GCUGGGAAUGUCGACCUGGCUCGCAGGCUCUACGUGAGCGAGGACGAGCUGCGCCGCGUCGAGGCGAUCGAGGCUGCAGCCGCCGGGCCCGAGGCCGGGCAGGAGGAGUCGCGUCUGCCGGCACCCGACCAUUCCGAGCCGGGGCCUAGUUCCGUCGCGUCAGACACGGACGUCUCGCCGAUGCCGCCGGCGUCCGGCGCCCUCGAGCGGGCACUCGCCCACAACUCGCAGGUCGCUUGGCUCACCACGCAGGAGGAGUCGCAGGCGGCGCAUUCGGCGCCGCCGCCGGGGCCCUCGACACAGGCACUGUCUUCGGCCCUCGAGGAGUUCUCCUCGAAUCUGCGCGGCGAGCACAAGGAUGCCGGGGCGCCCGUGUCCCGCGUGUGA